ACCCUCGGCUUUGUUGUUUACCAAGGAAGUCCAUCACUGACUUUAAAAAGGACGAAAACCAAAAUAAACGAAAAUGCCGCAACUAGCACUUUUGGUAUUUGUUUGUUUAAUUAUCCUGCCACAAUACCUUGCCUUUGGUUACAAGGACAUUCAUGGAUUGAAUGGCAAGAUGUUCCCAAAGGCGGCCACUUUUAAUUUUCCAGAAUAUGCCUACAAGGAGACCAGCAAAAAUGAAAUCACAUACCACGAAAUGGAAGUUGAAUGCGAUCACCAUGUUCAGUGCGCCAACAUUAACCCAGUAGGCGUGGCCAAGAUCAACUGCAUCCGGCGGUGUAUCUCUCCAUCCUGCUACCAGGACAUUUACGCGUUCAACGAGCUCGAGGAGGGAGAGAUUGAUGUCAGGCUUAACUCCUUCAAAGGAUGCGUAAUACAGCGAAUGUAGCAACGACCGCAACUGUUCAGGGAGUACUUCCUAUUUAAAUGGUUGGAAUUUAUUGGAUUCCCUUCCUGAACAGAUAUUGUAUGUUGUUAACCAAAGAUCCUAAAAUGAAGUUUUAUUCUAAACUUGCAUUCAAAGCCUUUUAAAACCUGGUCAUUUGGCUUACUUUUAGGAAAUAGUGACCUAUUUAGAUAAAAUGCCUGAUCCACUUUCGAUGAAUGACCUUUCAAAACAAUCAUGAUGUAAAUGGUAUAAAAAUAAAUGCAUUUUUGUAUUGAUAAAUAAUAAAAACUAUUAAUACUUUUAAUCGUGCCAGGAUCCGUGUGGACAGCUGGGCAUGCACGCUAUCGUAUCCUUUAACCUUUCCGAAAAAAACAACGAUUAAAACUAGAUCCUUCUAAUAUAUGGUAUUUAUAGGAACAAUGCACGCCAUUAGAGUAUUAAGAAAAAGGUGUUGGAAUUCGUGGAAUAUAUUUUAUUUAUAUAAAUACAAGAAAUAUAUAUUGUUUAUAAUUUAUUUUUAUGGUAUGCUAUAUCAUUGAUUUAGCCCAAUAAUUUUCGUUUAAGGUAUAAUUAAGGGUAAAACAUUUAUUUCAAAAUAAACAAAGCUUAGUUAAAGCCUUCCGU